AAUUACUAUUAAAUUCUUCCUCUAAAAAUAACAAAAUAAAUCAAAUAUGAUUCAUGCAUCUAGAGAGGAAAGUCAAAAUAUUUUUAAAAAAUUAAGAGCUCAAAAAUAUAAUCAGAACUGUUUUGAUUGUGGAGCAAAUGGAGCAACAUGGGCAGCUACAACUUUUGGGAUUUACAUUUGUCUAGAUUGUAGCUCAAUUCAUAGAAAUUUGGGCGUUCAUAUAUCAUUUGUUAGAUCAACUAUUUUAGAUUCAUGGACAUGGGAUCAGCUUCGUAUAAUGAAAGUAGGAGGAAACUUAUCUGCAUUAGAAUACUUUACCAAACAUGGGGGAACAUCUAUUUUAGAUUCAAAAGAUGUGAAAACAAAAUAUACUAGCAAAACAGCUAUAUUAUACAAAGAUGAAUUAAAACAAAGAGCCCUUUUGGAUUCUAAAUCUAAUUCUUCUAUUAAAAUAGAAGAUGAUGAACAUUCAUUAAUAAAUAAUGAUGCGGAUGAUGAUUUUUUUGCUCAAUGGAAUGAUCAUACGUUUCAGAAAUCUACAUUAACAUGUAAUACAAAAACUUCAUUUUUGGACAAAGCAGAGGUUGAUAAUACAACAAAAAUAUCUAACAAUUAUAAAGAUUCUACGAAUUCUACUUUAUUAAAAGAAAAUAGCAUUUUAAACACAUCUAAAUUGAGAUCAGAUGUUUCUACAAAUAAAAGAACAGGAAUAACAGGAUCAAAACUUACCCAAAAGCUUGGUGCCAAAAAAAUAGCAGAAACGUUUGAUUUUGAAGAAGCUGAAAAAAAUGCAAAAGAAAAAAAUGAUAGUAAUUUAAACCAUACUGUCGAAAAAAAUCAAGUAGAAUUAGAAAAAAAAGAUUUAAAUAACUCUAAUAAAUCGUUUUUUGGGGAUUCAGAACCAGACCUUAAAACUGAUUAUUCUAUUAAAGAAGCAACAACAGGUUUUCAGAAAUUAUGUUUUGGACAAACGAAAAGUACAUCCAAAUCAGUUGAAACAAACUUAUCUUAUAAAAAAGGAUCAACAACAGGAAAUUCUUGUAAUGAUGAGGUUACAUAUGCUCGUGAUAAUUUUUUUGGACAAAAGUCUAUAUCAUCAGACAAUUAUUUUCAACGGAAUUCAUAUAACCAAGCUAUUCAGGAAGAGACCAAGUUACGUUUACAAGCGUUUAAUGGCGCUCAAUCUAUUUCUUCAGACCAAUAUUUUGGGGAAAAUGAUACAAAUACUCGGGAUUAUAAAUGUUUCGAAGAAUCUGCUAAAGAUUAUAUUCAAAAAUUUGCAGAUACGGCAUACAAUGACAUUGAAAAUAUCAGAGAAGUACUAAAUCAUGGUGCACAAAAACUAUCCAAUAUAUUAUAUGAAUUCGGUUCGAAAUAUAAUUUUUAAGUAUUCCAAAUUAAUAAUUUAUCGUUGAUUCACAUAAACAAUUUAU